AUGGCAUGGGAUUGCGCGAUCCCCCCUGAUACCCGUGGCGAUGUGCUAGUACAAUGGUGCCUAGAUAAUGACUGCGUUAUUCACAACACUGGAGAUUGCACUCGCCACACCACACGCCAUGGCCCGUCCGCGCCAGAUGUGACAAUAUCCCGAGAAUGCCGUCUAGAGUCAUGGACGGCAUUCUUCUCCCUGAACAGCGAUCAUUACAUCAUCCUCUUCGACGUAGUAGUGGUAGGAGAUGAUGAUGAACCACUGCGGUUCCCUCGCCCUCGUGCACCCAUUUAUGCAUGUAAGAAGGCGAAAUGGUCUCGAUUUGGACAAAUAUCAAACGCACAGUGCAAUAAACGCCUUAAAGAGAAACAGAGCGUUCACAAGAGAGAACGCCUACUGACCUCCGCCAUCCGUAUCGCAACAGCUGCGUCGGUUCCACGCGGGGGUGGAGAUACUACUCCUUUUUUGGACUCCAGAAUUAGAGGAAAUAGAAAAGAAGAUUUACAGCUGCAGACCCUCAGUCUCCAGAGACAGACUGGGAGCUCGCAGAAGAGAAAUGCUACGACAAGCUUCCCAUAG